CAAUAACAGAGAACAAAAUAAAAGAAACGGCUUCUGAAGAACACGAAGAAACGGCCCUUUUAGUACGGCCUAUUGUAGUUCUCUCAGACAAGCAAAAGGGAGAAGAAGAAGAAGGAGGAGGAGGAGGUGGUAAGAGGCAAAGAGAGAGAAGAAAUGGAUUGGAUCGGUGAGACCGUGGACUCUAUCAAAUCCCUUCAGAUCCGGCAGGUCCUCACCCAGGCCGUCAGUCUCGGUAUGAUUGUUACAUCUGCUCUUAUAAUAUGGAAGGCAUUGAUGUGCGUUACCGGCAGUGAAUCUCCUGUUGUUGUUGUUUUGUCCGGAAGUAUGGAACCCGGUUUCAAGAGGGGGGAUAUUUUGUUCUUGCACAUGAGUAAAGAGCCCAUUCGUGCAGGAGAAAUUGUUGUUUUUAAUGUUGAUGGCCGUGAAAUUCCAAUUGUCCAUCGUGUCAUUAAGGUUCAUGAACGAGAAGAUACUGGAGAAGUUGAUGUCCUUACAAAAGGAGAUAACAAUUAUGGAGAUGACAGGCUUCUGUAUGCUCAUGGUCAGCUGUGGCUUCAACGGCAUCAUAUCAUGGGUAGAGCUGUGGGGUUUUUACCUUAUGUUGGCUGGGUAACAAUUAUCAUGACUGAAAAGCCUAUUAUUAAGUAUAUUCUAAUUGGCGCAUUGGGGUUGCUUGUUAUAACAUCAAAGGACUAACUGAAGCAAACUCCGGGGGUGGUCAAUCAGAAAAAGAACCGUUCUGUCAAUUGCCAGAAGUUCUCAUCCUCCCCUUCGCAUCUGCUAAAUUUCUUAUUGUAUGCUACAUUUUUAUAUGACAGAUGACAGCAGAUUAGUUGGUUAAUGUUUUAAUUUUUAUUUAAAGUUUCUCCUUUGUUGAACCAAAAUUUUGCUGAGAACUUGGCCGUUCAAACCUUACUGUCUACACGCCCCAUAUACGGAGUAAUUUUUCAGCAA